AUGGAAGGGGGCAAAGCUGCCACCGACAGACGACAGCCGGUUGCCUUUCGGGCCUCGUUCGCCUAUGCGAGCACGCCCAGCGUCGAUGGUGCAUGCGCGGGGCGAAGACGGGAGCCGAUGCCAUGGGCCAUGGACCGUGCUCGGCCAGCGAUAACAAUACGGGUUCCAGCAACACGAUCUGCGGCUGCAGUCUGCCGUGCAAGGGGAAUUUCAGGGGAGCAUCUGCUCAGACGGACCGAGAUUGGGCGAGGAGGUCAGGCCGACUGCCAUGUGGCUCCCGGGGCCGUGGGCUGCAGGUUCUUGUCGGGAGUUGUCACUGGACAGGCAAGUUGCCGGGUUUGUUUGGCAACCCAGGGAUCAGAAAGUGGCCUGACCUUGGUUGGCGAAAGGGGUGCUGAUGCUCGAAUCCAAUGA